ACAUUCCUAAGUCAGCUCGUUCAUUUCGAUCCACAUCCACAAGCGGUCUUCCAAUUUAUUCUGGUUCCGGAAGCACUUUGCCCCCGUGCUCCCUGCCUGGGCGUACCUCGAGACCUGUUUCGCCCAAAUUAACACGAUCCAGACUAUCCUCACCUACAGCAAGCUCGACUUACACUUCUGCCACUCCUGCCUCUUCUAGACCCACCACAGUUUCGCCUCCCUGCUCAGCUGUAGCCGCCUCGACUGCCAGUCUCCAGCCACACUUUAGCGCAUACAGUCCAGGAGAUGCCGCACAUCCAAGGCCUCAUUCAUCAGAGCUAGGAGCAUUCCGGCAGGGUCUACCAAGAGGCCCAGUCGCAAGUCUUAUCCAUCCGGGACCCUCUGCCCAGCCCGGUUCUGCUUCUGUGGCGCCUAGUUCGUCACCAAGUUGUCCAUCCCUUGCAGACAGUCAUUCUGGAAUUCCGCAACCAAUAUCAACUCCUGUCACUACAGCUAGCCGGCUUGGUUCAAGCUUCCGACUCAGUCAAUCGGUGCGGGCUGAUUUACUUCUCCUGGUCGUCCCACCCCCUGGGGAACGACAUAAAUCCGCGGCCACGACAACUGGUACCAAAGCGAAAGCUGGUGCUAGUCUUUUACGCAAACGAGCCAGCUUCUCACAACCUAGCAAGAAGAGCACCACGGAAACUACUUUGGCGACAGCAGUGUGUACAGGCUCUUCUGUUAAGAAUAUCGCAACAAUUCAGCCAACUACUCAGAAGAAUACAGAAGCGCCAAGCAAUAGAAAACCGCCUCUUUUUGCGGCCGCUCCUCUGCCACGCGCAUCUUCCCUUGAACCGCCUAAUUCCGAGGGUCGCUUGGCACGUGAAACCCUAUCACCUUCAGCUUCCGGACCAAACAAUGGCACGACGUAUUUGCCACCACCUUUUAGCUGUUCUAAUCAACAGUUGAGCACUUUCGGACGUACUGCUUUCAGCUACACUGCCAGCACUAAUACUUCUCAGCCACAGACUCGCACAACUGAUCUGGUAUCAGAAUAUUUGUCCGGACAGAUUGCUGCCAAGUCUCCAGACCAGAAUAGUCAGAGAGAGUUGCAGAAGGAUUUACACCAGCAGACGACAGCCCCCCGGACCAAUUGGACUUCGCUCGCUGACAAUAAUCCAGCUUUAGUCUGGCCACACGGCGAGGCAAGUUGUGAGACAUUUAAGAGCAAUUGUGAACAGAUUCUUGGAGAAGUUGACAGUUCAAAAGAGGCGACUAGCAGCGACGCUUCUAGAGACUUGGCCUCAAAAAGUCAAACCGACAUUACGGGA